CUGUAUUUUUGACAAAUAGUUCCCUGAAUUGACUCUAUAUUAAUUCGUUUUUCCUACUUGUCAUGCCCAAUUUCUUUCUUCUCCACUCUGAUGUCACCUUCCAACACCUUGCUCACAUUAGCCUUUUUCUGUGAUGUUAAGACACCUCUUAGCACCCUGUGAUCAGCUUACUCAGAAGCUGUUCCCUACUUGUUUGGAGGUUUUUUAAAUUUCUUUCCUAAAAGAUGCCCACCAGUUCCAGCCACUUCUUGAAACCUGUGGCCAGAUUCUGGGGGCCACAAGCCUCUUUUGGAGCAGUUGAAGCUCUCAGCGUGGUCCCCACCUUGCUGCCAGCCUUUCCCCACUGCAGUCAUUGCUUGCUAUUCCUUGCUGACAAACUUCCUCUGCUUCCUGCAGUUCCCCUUUGAGGAUGUUAACCAGACUGAAGGUUGGAUUUCUGAUGGAUUUCUCUGUCUCUCUCCCAUCAGCCUUAGAGUACAUUGCUGUCACUGCCCUAGAGGGACUCUUCAGUGACAACGGUGGGGUGCAGGUGUCACAGGCAGCACAGGUCUAAGCUGAAAAUGUUUUUCCAGCCAGGUCUGGAGGCAGCAGCAGCCAUGGAGCAGCUAUGUGCCUGGGAACCCUGGUGUACCCUCUUUGGUUUCCUUCAGUUUUGUCUCUGAUACAGCUGCUUCCACAUAUGAACUCUGGCACCCUGGUUCUAGCAUCAUGUUUUAGAGAAGCACAAGUAUCUGCUUUUGCUCUGGUUCCUUAUUUUUAUGUGCCUCGUUAAAGCAGUUCUUCACUGCUUCCCACACAAGUGUUGUCACCUCCCGUCCUAGUCUCUAGUGAAGACUCAGGGGUUUUAUGAUUCCAGCUCACAGAUGAAUCAUCUUAUCUUUAGCCCCACUGCUUGGUAGUUACCUCCAGCAUCUCUCUCCUACCUCUGUCACAUAGGUACCUCUGUGGUGUCCCACUCCCUGGGCACUCCAUGGACAGAGACCCCUUGCAGCCUGCAAGAGAUUGCUCUGAUAGCAAGUGAGAGCUGGUGCUUCUGCAUCCAUUAGGAAAGAACUAGGUUUUUUUGGUGUCGGCUUGCCUUCUUGUGCCUCACACAGUGCUCUCCACUGAGGCUGAGUUGCAAGAUUUCAUUUUUGGAGGCAAGUUGUUUAUGCUGCUUUGUUUCCCUGCUCUUUCAGCCCUUCUGGGGAUCGCUGUUUAUUCUAGUGCUAGGAGAAUGAUUCCACAGCCAAACUCUUUACCUCAUUGCACCUCUGUAACCCAGAGCUCUGCUCCCUUCACACAGGCCCUCUACCUGCCUGCAUCAGCUAGUCCACACUCACCAUGGGACACAUGAGCUAAGCCUUGAUGCUGGUCCAGUGUCUCCAUUUGCCACGGAGACUGUAGAUGGGAUUCAUAUGUUCUUGGUGCCACCCGAGAUGCCCCAGGGCAUCAGAUACCUAUGGAUUCCAACAGGAACCUAUGACUACCCUGUCAGGAACUGAUGCAAGGAUGGUUCCCCCACCGCCUGUCAGCAAGCCCCACGUGUGCCUCUCCACUGUGCUCAUCAUGACCAGCCUCGUCCUCAUGGAUGCCUACCUGGUGGAGCAGAGCCAGGGCUCCAGGAAGUUGGGCAUCUGUGUCAUGGUGGCAGUGGGUGACUUGUGCUUCCUGCUGGUCCUCCGCUAUGUGGCCAUCUGGGUCGGAGCAGAGGUAAAGACAGCUAAGCGGGGCUAUGCCAUGAUCCUCUGGUUCCUGUAUGUCUUCGUUCUGGAGAUCAAAGUCUACUUUGUGUACCAGAAUUAUAAAGCUGACCGGAAAAGCUUGGAUCUCAUAGCCCGCAAAGCAUUGACCUUGCUGCUCUCCAUCUGCAUCCCAGCCCUCUACGUGUUGUUGGUGGCCACAGAGCACAUGGAGUAUGUCAGAACAUUCAAGAAGAAGGAAGAUCUCCGCAACCGCCUCUUCUGGGUCAUUGUGGACAUGCUGGAUGUGCUGGACAUCCAGGCCAACCUGUGGGAGCCUCAGAAGAAGGGGCUGCCACUCUGGGCCGAGGGCAUCAUGUUCUUCUACUGCUACAUCUUGCUGCUGGUCCUCCCGUGCGUGUCCCUGUGUGAGAUCAGCAUGCAGGGCAUUGGCAUCGUGCCGCACCGGAUGAUGCUGUACCCCAUGCUGAGCAUGCUCACUGUAAACAUCACCACCAUCUUCAUCCGAGGCAGCAAUAUGAUCUUCUUCAGGGACGCCCGGGUCUCCAGCAUCUUCAUGGGCAAAAACAUGCUGGCCAUUGGGAUGAAGGUCUGUAUGUUUGUGCAGUACCAGCGGCACCAGCACCACACACCCCCGGGGCCAGACCUACAGCACAGUGAGCCAGCCCAAGUGCCCACAGGGCUGCGCAAGUCCCGGGACCAGCCUGCCUGCCCCGAGGAGCUGGCCCGGGACAACACGUGACAAGCCGGCAGGAGCUACAGCCUGGGCACCACCAUGCCUGGCCGUACCUACAAACCAGAGGCAGGCUGCUGAGCUCCCCGCCUGGACAGAGGGCAACGGCCCUGCUCCCUCCCUCCCAGAGCGAAGCUGCUCGGGGCCCCGAGGGUCGCAUGGCGAGGGCCCCCUGUAAUGGCCUCCGUAAGGCUGCAGAGCAGUUUGAGACCUCAGCACCACACCAAGUGAAACAGGCAGCAGAGCAGAGGAGGAGGCCAGGGUUGCCUGCCAGGUGUUGUGUCUGGCUGGGGCCAGGCAGCCCUAUCUUGUGCCAGGCUCCCCCACCAGUGCUCCCCAUACAGCACUGCCCUCUGGCCAGGCAGGGCACCACACAGGGACACAGCAGGUCACCUGCUUUGCUGUUGUGGUUGGCCCUGGCUCUGGUGUGGUCCUUGGCAGCAACCUGCUCCUCGCUGUGUAAGCCAAGGUCCCUAUGCACGGGGAGCAAGGCCUAGGCCUUCCCCUGCUGUCACCCCUCUCAGCCAGCUGCAGGCCUGGGGGACCCAGAGAGGGGUGACUGUCCUUUUUUGUAUCACCCUCUUUGCAAUAAAAGACCUGAGCCCUGCA